AUGGCUCCGCGGGUAUUCUGGAUCGGUCUGGGCAACAUGGGCCGUGGCAUGUGCAAGAACCUGGUCGAGAAGGGAAACCUCGACCAGCCGCUCAUGCUCUACAACCGGUCCGUACAGAGGGCGACCGAGCUGAGCAAGACGCUGCCGGCCGGCAAGACCGAGGUAGUCGACAGCAUCGAGGCCGGCGUAGCAAAGGCAGACGUCAUCUUCACGUGCGUCGCCAACGACGCCGCAGUAAAGGAGACGCACGCGGCGGCGCUCAAGGGCGACGUCAAGGGCAAGCUCUUCGUCGACUGCUCCACGAUCCACCCGGACACGACCGAGCUGCUGGCCAAGGGGGUGCUCGCCCGCGGCGCCGAGUUCGUGGCCGCGCCCGUCAUGGGGGCGCCCGCCGCCGCGGACGCCGGGCAGCUGAUCGGCCUGCUCGCGGGGCCGAGGGCGUCGGUGGAGCGGGCCCGCCCUUACUUCAAGGGCGUCAUGGCGCGCGCCGAGGUCGACCUGGCGGACCAGCCGUGCCAGAAGGCCUCGAUGCUCAAGGUCAUCAGCAACACCUUCAUCCUCAACAUGGUGGAGCAGCUGUCCGAGGGCUACGUGCUGGCGGAGAAGACCGGCCUGGGGCCCGGCUACCUGCAGCAGGUCGUCGACGCGCUGUUCGGCGGGGUCUACUCUGGCUACUCCAAGAGGAUGCUAGAGGGCGACUACCACACGCGAGAGGAGCCGCUGUUCGCCGUGGACCUGGCGCGCAAGGACGCGGGACAUGCGAUGAAGCUGGCCGAGGCGGCUGGUGUGAAGCUUCCCAAUGUCGAGACGGGCGAUGCGCACCUGGUGAGGCUCAAAGAGCAUGUUGGGGAGAAAGGCGAUAUUGCUGGAAUUUACGGCGCUGUGAGGCUGGAAAACGGGCUGAAGUAUGAGAAUGAUGCUUGA